AUGGCCACCACCGCGCAGCCUUCGCACACUCGCGACUUGUCAAUUACAAGAUUGGAAUGCGACAUUAACCCCAAUUUCUCUUUCCCAGUGCCUCACACAAGGUCUCAGUCGCUUCUUCCGACUCUCACGUUCCCUCAGAUGGCAUCAAAUAACUCAUUAUAUCCCCCUCGACGUGGCUCAGUACCGCCUAGCAGCACUGGACCUUUGGUUUCUUUGAACAACAACCGACCAAAGUCGAGUUCUUCCGGAUACACUCUUUCCUCGGUUUCGUCAAAGCAGUCAAACGAGCGACCUACACUUACAGGAGGACUCAGACCCGGUCACAGGACAAUUGCCAGCGGAACAGUGCCAACAAUCGUUAACGCGAGCAUCAGCCCAGCAGGAGGUUCAAGGGAGGGAGGUCACCAGCGUGCAGGAAGUGAGAUGAUUGGAGGACCGCCUCUUAUGGCUACAAGGAAGGAGGAUCUCAUUCAGGUCCCAGGCACAUUAACUGAGAGGGCUAGGCCAUUCGUACCGCUUCCCCCAAGUGGAGUUCGCAGAGGUCACGCCCAUCGCAGGUCCGGGGCAAUCUCGAGCGGCGAUGUGUGGAGUCUUUUGAGCCAGAGUGCACCGAGUCUGCCGUUGGCGUGCACUGGUGGUGCUGGAAACCAGGGUGGUGCUGUUGAUGCUAGCGCUCAACCGAAAGGUAACGCAGGCUCCAGCCCCCUUUUGAGUAAGAGUGCUCCUGUGAGCCCUGGCUUUACAGUUCCUUCUCCUCUCCCUUCACCAGCUGUCCCUGUUGUUGAGUCUAUGGGGUCCGAGUCUGGAAUCCCCAGUGCUCCUGUCGCCGCUGGUCACUCAGCAAAGGAUAGCAUCAGCAGCAUUGCUACUGUUAUCAAAGCGCCAGUUGUAGCUCUCCCACCUAUCAACACCACAAUGGAUGCCCCUGCAGCUGGCCGACGACCACACGGGCGAACAAGAAGCAACUCGCAAACCUUGAACUUGCCAACUGCCGCAUUGAGGGCUACUAGCGACCGACCUUCAACUGCAGGGGCUAUCUUAUCGUCCCCUGUUCUCAAGACUGCCCCGGAAAACUUCCCUGAAACCGCUCCUUCGCUUAAACGCCCCGCUGCCGCCUCUCCUUCUAUUGACAGUGCUGAAAGCUCACCAACCAAGCCGGCUCAAAAGAAGACCCAUAAAAAGGCUCUUAGUGAUUACUCACCUCUUGUUGGAAAGGCACCGUUUAGUAAACAUGAGAGUAUGUCUGCCGAUGAGCAAACCACCGACAAGAAAAAGAAGAAGAAGAAGGGCAAGAAGCAGAUCAAGAACUGGGCAGGUACAAUUCUCGGCAAGGGCAAAGGUCUCCGUCACACCACUAAGCGCCAGUCAUUGAGAGCACCUACACCGCCAGUACCUGGGUCAGAAAACCAAGUGCCUGGUGAAAAUGAAUGGAUUACCGCAGCGUGGAACGAGAACUACGUUCUCAUGGCUGUGGAUGACUCUGUUCACCCUGCUUCUAGCACUGAGAGCAUCGUCAUUGCGGAGACUACAGAAGGUCCCGUUAUCGAUUUGGACGCGGCCCUGAAGCCAUUCAAGACACCGGUUGGGCCUGCUGCUGGAUUCGCUGCAGCAAGGACAAGAAGGAUGCAUUCUGCGGUUGGAUUGAAGACAAAUGGAUACUUCCACCGACGAAGCGAGAGUAUGCCAGAGAUGACUCUCUUUUCUUUGGAGGAGGGUGAUGAUGAUGGCCACAUGGAUGACGUGUCUGAGGAGGACGAGAGUGAGGAAAGCGAGAGUGAGGAUGAGGAAGGCAAAGGUGAGGGACUUGGCAUUGGGAUCAAGGUUGUUGACGAGGCCGAUGGCGCGAACUGGCAAGAGGGGAUUGAGAUGGAGUGGGGUUCUGAGGAUGCUGGUGACGAGAGGAGCAUGAGGAGAAACAGUGAGCCGGAGAGUGAGGAUUCAUGGCACGCGCACCGAGCGUCGUUGUCGGUAUCCGUGGCCACUGUCAAGGCUGUCCGCAGUAUCUCUUCCAUGAACUCAUCAACAACAGAUUCCAACGUGGAGUCAGUGUCAAUCUCACCACGCAAAGGUGCUCCAGCCGAUAUCAUUACUUCGUCGUCUGUCUCCACCAUCACUGGAUCAAGCCCAUUCCUUUGCCCUCAUCCCUCAACGAACCCCCCUGACUCUCCUCUUACAUUUGUCACUGCAACAUCGAACCCCAAUACACCAGUCUUGUCAGAUUUCGCCACAGACUACGCAGACUCUGCAACAAGCUUUGACACCUACUCGGACUUCCUUGGUGAACCUGGCCCAGAGAUGAGGAUGAGCGUGGAUGACGUCCCUAGCCUCACUAGCUCAUCAAGCACAAUGACCAUGAGUGGCAUCUACCACAACAUGCCCGCAACGCCGGUUCUAGGAAGUGUAGGCAGCCUGCCCAUACCACCAGUCAAGGAAGGGAAGGAAAAGAAGGAAGGAAAAUCAAAAAGGUGGAGCAAAGUGUUCACCUUUUGGAAAAAAUAA